AUGCUCGCCAUGCCGUGCUAUAAUGGGGUUGUCUUAGCUAAAGUGAUUCAGACCUCUUUAUUUACUCCUGCCCAACAACGGUUGGCUCAGAUGAAAGGUACCUGGUGCACCUGUCUCCACUGUGCCCACAUCUCUGAUGAGAAACCAAACAGGAGCGUGCAUGUGAGCGUGAACGUGCACAUGGUCAACCGCCCACGCCACAUCACACGGCGGGGCGAAACCUCAGCAACCCCACCCUACUCCACAUUAGUUCCACCACCGCCCUUUCGCCUUCCCCCUCUCUCACCCUUCUACAUCCCUGUCCUACACACACACAUUUCACUCACACUUCACACUCAGGAAAGUAUGGCCACUGCACUCCAGACGGGUGGAUUCGUCCUGGGCCUGCUCGGUGCGGCUGCCAUCAUCGUCGCCACGGGGAUGAACAACUGGAGCGUCAAGGACCGUCAGGGGGACGUGGUGACCUCGGUGUACACCUAUAAGGGCCUGUGGCAGAACUGUGAGGUGGGCACCUCAGGCUUCACUGAGUGCCGGCCCCUCUACGGCCUCCUGGGCUUCUCAGGUACCUUUCAGGCAGUGAGAGCACUGAUGAUUGUGGGCAUUGUUCUGGGUGUAAUAGGGGCCAUGAUAGCCCUGUUCUCCCUCAAGUGCCUUAAAAUGGGCAGCAUGGAAGAUUCCUCCAAAGCCAAGAUGACCCUUACAGCGGGGGUCAUGUUCAUCAUUGCAGGGAUUUGUGCUAUUGCUGGAGCUUCAAUCUAUGCUAACCAAAUCGUGGCUAGUUUCAUGAUGACCACCUACAACCCCAAUUAUGGAGGAGGGAUGGGACAGGGCAUGGGGAUUGGUGGUAUGGGAGGAGGAAAUAUGAUGCCGAGGUACACGUUUGGCCCCGCCCUAUUUGUUGCCUGGAUAGGAGCAGCUUUGCUCUUAUUGGGCGGGAUUCUGAAGUGUGUUGCCUUCAGGGGACUACAACCAGACAAGUCAACCUACACAGGAGUUGCUUACAAAGUCCCCCAAACCCAGAACAGGCCAGUCUAUGAUGACCACCAUGCAGAGGAUGGGAAGAGAGACAACCAAAAAUAUGUAUAAUUUCUGUAUCAAUAAAUUUGAUUCUGCAUUAAGAAGCAUGUAUUUAAAUGUUGCUUCAGAAUAUAGUGCUCCAUUUUCAUAUACGCUUCCUAGAUUCAUUUGAAGAGUUUCAAAACAUUUUACUGCAUGUUAUUUAAAAAUGUGUAUUCUGUUGUGGUUGAUAGUGGGCUCCAUUUUAUACUGCCAGUAACUGUUUUAGUUUCACGUGGUCUUGGGUAAUGUGUUAUUGCUCUUUUGUCAAUAAACCAUUAAUGUAAA